UUUUUCCUAGCAUCUGGUUACUAUGAUAGAAAGUGAGAAGCCGUAGAGCCUGAACUCAAACUUGCAUUUACUGAAUUCUUCGAAUACACUCGUAAGUUUCGCAAAAAAAAAGAGAAUCAUAAUACAAGACCCCCUAAAAAAUUUUUCCGCUUAAACAUAAUAGAAGACCCCGGGGUCUUUUAUUGUGGGGGGGGGGGGGGGGGGGGGUUUAGAGCAUCCUACACAUUUCUCAGACGACUCGGGUCCGAAUUCAAGAUCAACUCGACGACCUCUACUUACAAAGAAACCUUCACAGGUAGUAAAAAGUUUUUGAAACGAACCUUGUGGUGUUAGGUAGAGUUCGCUGAGACUAGGCACGACCCUUCUGCACAGUUAACCGACACCGUUUGAUUCUUUGUUUCGUUAAUAUUUGUACUUAAAUUUAACAGUUAUUUUUUAAUUAACCUAAUUUUUUAUUUUAACUAAAAAUAAAAAUACAAGCAAACACAAACAAAUGAAUCUUAAAACAUAAAUAUAAAAGAAUUAAUCGAAUAAAAUUAAUAUAAAAACAUAUAAAUUCUCAACUGAACUUGGUUAUUGUUAUAUUGAUUCUUUUCUCUAAGCGAGCAAGCAAACGGAAUAAGUGAUGCGACAGACGCCUAUAUAUGUAUUUAUAUGAUUUUUUUUUUCGUUCUGGAGCCAUUCGUUUUCUAUAGUUCACUAGAAAAAUUACCGAUGAACCGCGGUUAACCGGUGAAAUUUAUAACGAACCGUGGUAUCAAUUAAAACUAACGAUUUAUCGCUAAAAGUGAUUCGAUUUUUGUGACAUGGAUAUCUUUGUUACUUUCGUUUCGAGGUGCGUAGGACUGACCAGAAGUCCUGAUAACACUAAAUAAAAAUAUAAAAAUAAAGAGAUAUUUGAAAUUUUAUUUUAUUAAAUAUUCAAAAUAAUCGCAAAAUUCUAUCCUUUCUAACAAUUGAUCAAAUGUUUUUGUUUUUCAAACUCUUCCUCUGAACUAUCUUGGAAGCCGUACUAGUUAAUCAGGAAUCACAUUAUUAGUGUUAAAUCUGAAAGUUGAAUUCAAUUAUUGAAGAUCUAUUCAUAUAUUUCACUAUUUAAUUCUUUAUUAUGAGAGGUGAUUCUCAGAUUUUGUUUAUCUCAUGAAACAAAAACUUGUUGAUUUAAUUUUAGGCUUAUGAUCCUGAAUUGUUUGGUAAAGCAUUGCCAUGUUUAACAGCAAUUGGUAGUGCUCUAUCACCAGAUUAUGCUUAUUCAAUAACUCAACAAGAUCAUUUAAAUCAUGAACAAGAAAAAGUUGAAAUGUCUCGUGGUUAUGAACCAAAUUCAGCUGAUACAUCAAAUGUUGUAUUGAGUCCGGCAUUAGAAGAUUUUGUUAAAGCUUAUGCUGAAAGUGUUCAUGAUCAAUGGUCUUAUGCUAAAAUCGAACAAGGUUGGAUAUAUGGUGAACAAAUUAAUGAUAAAUAUCGUCAACAUUCUAAUUUAAAACCAUACAAACUUCUUGAUCGAAUGGAUAUUGCUAAACUUGAAGAUCCUAUUCGUGAAGCAUUAAAAUCUAUUGAAAAAUUACAUUUUCAUUUAGAAAAAACUGACGCAGGUAUAACACGUAUUGCUACAAAACCAUUACAACGAAAAAAACAAAAAGAUAAAAAUGCACCUGAUUAUAUUCCGAAAGCAUUGGAUUUUAAUAGUGUAACAAUGAAUCGAGAUAUGCAGGAAUUGUCUGAAGCAUUAGCUCGAAAUGCUCAUGAAAUUUGGGCAAAACGCUUAAAAGAUCGUCUUGCUGCAAUUGGUGGUGGUCUUCAUUGUCGACUUGUUCCUUUUGAAUUAUUAACUGAUAAAGAAAAACAAAAAGAUUUAAAAUUUUAUCAAGAUCUUGUUAAAUAUCUUCAUACAUUUGGUUAUCGUGUUGUCAAAAAUUUUCAUGACAGAAAUGCAACAAUUUCAAGUUUAGCUUCACGUGUUGCUUCAGCGUCAACAUUAAUAAAUGAUAAACGUUUUGCAUAUAGUUUAUUAGAAAAAUUACUUGAAUAUGUUGAACGUGCAUCAAUAACCAUGCAAAAUUAUAAAGAAAGUUCGAAAUUUUCCUUACAUGAAACUUAUCGUUUAACAACACAAGAUGUAAAAUUUUUUGGAAAAGUCGUCUUACCACUUAUUGAAAAAUAUUUUCAAGCACAUAGAAAUUAUUUUAUUAUACCACCAUCAUUAAAAACUGGUGUUAGUUGUGCAUCAGUUAAAGAAAAAGAAAUGAGUUGUAGUUUAUUUUGUAAAUUAGCAUUUUUACUUCGACAAAAAUUUAGUGCAUUUGGAAAUGAUGUUAGUAUAACUGUUCGUUGUUUAAAAGUACUUGUUCGUGCUAUUGAUGUUAGUUCAGUAAUGAGAAAUAGUCAAGAAAUGGUUCGUGCUUCAUUAUUACCAUUAUUUAAUAAUAUUGCUGAAGAUCUUAAUCAAACUGUACAAAAUCUUGAACAAAAUCAUUAUAGUAAUAUAAAAGGAACAUUACAACGUGGAACAACUAGUCUAGGUUAUAUACAUAUGGUUCUUUUACCUGUACUAUCAUCAUUACUUGAUCAUUUGGGAAAGAAUAAUUAUGGUGUUGAUGUAUUCGAAAAUGAAAUCCAAUUAGCUGGUUAUAAAAUUCUAAAUGCUUUAUGGAUUAUUGGAACAAAAGGAACAAAACUUGUCGAUCGAGAAUGGAUUAUUGAAGAAUUGAAUCGUCAUCUUCCAUUAAUCGGUGAUUGUCUAAGUUCAUUUGCAUCAUGUUUUCCUGUAGCAUUUUUUGAACCUGAAUUUAAUGCAAAUAAUAAAAACGCAUCAAAUGUUUCACAAUUAUCACCAGAAGCUCAUGAUGUUAUGACAAAUAUUUCAAGAACAAUUCCUAAUUUAACAAAUUUAAUAGCAGAUAUUGAAGAACAUGCUGAAUCAAGAGUAAAAUAUGAAAAUGCUCCUUAUGUUGUUGAAGUUAUUCUUCCAUGUCUUUGUUCUUAUUUAUCAUAUUGGUGGUCAAUGGGACCAGAAAAAGUUAAACAAAUAACUGAACCACAGAUAACAAAUGUUACAUCAAAUCAUAUGAAUUCUGUAUUAGGUAGUGUUUUGAAAUUAAUUAAUAACAAUAUUGAUGCUAUUGAAGCUCCAUGGAUGAAACGUAUUGCAGCGUAUACUCAAACAAUUAUUUUUAAUUCUUCAACAAAUCUUGUUGAACCAUAUUUUUUACCUGUAUCACAACGUAUCAAAUUAAAAUGUGAAGAUUCAUAUGCACAAGAACAAUCAUUAAAAAAUGCAACUCGUUUAGAAUCAUCUGAACGUGAAGAUCUUGAAUUAAAUUUAAUGAAGGAUUAUGAAAUUCUUGUUCGUGAUAUUUAUGCAUUUGGACCAUUAUUAAUCAAAUAUGUUGAUAUUCAUCGAUCAUAUUGGCUUAAAAAUAGUGAUAAAUAUGCAGAAGAAUUAUAUACAAAUAUGGCUGAAGUAUUUUCUAUUUGGUGUAAAUCAAAAUAUUUUAAACGUGAAGAACUUAAUUUUGUAACUACACAUGAUAUUGAUAAUACAAGUAUGUUAAUGCCAAGUGGAACAAAUCAAACAACAAAUACAAAUAUAACAAAAACUUCCGAUGAAAUUAGUGGAAAACAACGAAAAAAAAAACGUCGACUUGAUAAAGAAAAAUUUACAUCAUUAAAUGUUGCUUGUACAAAACGUUUAUUACCUAUUGGAAUGAAUACAUUUGGUGGACGAGAACAAGAACUUGUUCAAUUAGCUAAACAUAAAAUGAUUGAAAUGAAAAUUGCACACGAUGAAGAAAUAGAAAAUCCAACAGAUGAACAAAUGAUUUCAGAUAUAACAACUGAACAAGAAGAACUCAUACAAGAAUUUCUUGAAGAGAGUUUUCGUGCUCAAGAACAAGGAGAAAUAAUUAAGAAAAAUAAUUGGCAAAGUAUAUUAUAUCGAAAGAUUGGUUCAAAAUCAUAUCAUAGUGGUGUAAAUCAUUCGGAAGAAACAUCUAUAAAAAAUAUGUUAAAAAUGGCUAAAGUAUUAUUUGGUUUAAAUUUUGUUGAUCAUCCUCCAACACAUCGACGUGGUACAUGGCGAAAACUUGUUUCAACACAACGUAAAAAAGCUAUUAUGGCUUGUUUUCGUAUGGCACCAUUACAUUCUGUUACACGACAUCGAGCUAUGAAUAUGUUUUUACGUGCAUAUCAAGAAAUAUGGCUCGAAACUGAAGAAGAUAUACGUGCACGAUUAAUUGAAGAUCUUUGUAAUAUUUCUCAUGAUAUUAAUGAACAAGAUAUAACAACUAUGAAAGAAGAAACUGAAACUGAAACAGAAAGUUUAACAUUAACAAUAACAAUAAAACCAGAUCCAUUAAAACAAUUAUUACAAUGUUUAAAUCGAGCUGCAACUACUGCUCAAGUUUUUUCAAUUACAGAUGAUAUUAUUUAUUUAUCUUAUUCUACAAUUAUGAGUAAAAGUUGUGUUAUUGCUGAUGAUGAUGAUGAUGGAGGAGCGGAAGAAGUCAAAUCAUUUCAGGAACAAGAAAUGGAAAAACAAAAAUUACUCUAUGAACAAAAUCGAGUAGCUAGUCGAGGUGCUGCUGAAACUGUAUUAUUAUAUAUAAGUGCAAGCAAAGGUGAAAACAAUGAAAUGCUUCGACGAACAUUACAACUUGGUAUAUCAUUAUUACAUGGUGGUAAUCGAGAAGUUCAAAAACGAAUGUUAGAUUAUUUAAAAGAAACAAAAGAUGUUGGAUAUUUUACUUCAUUAGCAACAUUAAUGGCUAAUUGUAGUGUACUUGAUCUUGAUACAUUUGAACGUUGUAUUAAAGCUGAUGUACUUGGUGUUGGUACAGAAGGAAUGGCUGAAGAAAAGAAUUUACAUGAUGCUGAUUUUAUAAUAUCACUUUUUCGUUUUUGUCAACUUUUAUGUGAAGGACAUAAUCUUGAAUUUCAAAAUUAUCUUCGUUUACAAAUUGGAAGUAGUACAAAUGUGAAUAUUAUUAUUUGUACUGUUGAUUAUUUACUUAGUUUACAAGAAUCAUUAAUGGAUUUUUAUUGGCAUUAUUCAGGCAAAGAAACAAUUGAUACAUAUGGAAAAGAAAAUCUUUGUCGAGCUAUUAAUGUUGCUAAACAAGUUUUUAAUACAUUAACAGAAUAUAUUCAGGGCCCAUGUCCACAAAAUCAAUUAGCACUAGCAAAUAGUCGUUUAUGGGAUGCAAUUGCUGGAUUUCUCUAUAUUUUUGCACAUAUGCAAAGAAAAUUAUCUCAAGAUCCAACACAAAUUGAAUUAUUACGUGAAUUUAUGAGAUUACAAAAAGAUAUGAUUAUUAUGUUAUUAUCAAUGCUUGAAGGCAAUGUUCUUAAUGGACCAAUUGGUAAACAAAUGGUUGAUACAUUAAUUGAAUCACAAGUUAAUGUUGAAUUAUUAUUACAAUUUUUUGAUAUAUUUCUUAAAAUAAAAGAUUUAACAACAUCUGAAGCUUUUCAAGAAUAUGAUAUAAAUAAAGAUGGAUUUAUUUCUCCAAAAGAAUUUCGUCGAGCUAUGGAAGCACAAAAAGUUUAUACAAGUCAAGAUAUAGAUUAUAUAUUAAAUUGUGUUGAUAUAAAUCAAGAUGGAAAAAUUGAUUUUAUGGAAUUUACAGAACGUUUUCAUAAUCCAGCUCGAGAUAUUGGCUUUAAUAUGGCUGUUUUAUUAACAAAUUUAUCUGAACAUAUGCCACAUGAUAUACGUUUACAACGUUUAAUGGAUAAAGGAAAAAGUUUUCUAUUAUAUUUUCAAGAUCAUCUUGGUAGAAUUGAAAUUAAAGGUGGUGCUGGUUAUAUUGAACGUGUUUAUUUUGAAAUAACUGAAUCAAAUAUUGAACAAUGGAAUAAACCACAUAUUAAAGAAUCGAAAAAAGCAUUUUUACAUUUAGUUGUUAAUGAAACAGAUGAUAAAGAAAAAUUAGAACAAUUUAUUAAUUUUUGUGAAGAUACAAUUUUUGAAAUGCAACAUGCAGUUGCUAUCAGUGGUGAAGAAGAUGAUCAAACACAUCAAAGAGCAAAAUCUUCAAAUAUUGAAUCAAAUAUUGUUCAUCCACCAACAUCUGAACCUAUGAAAUUAGCUCUAUCAUAUUCUUGGUCGAGUAUAAAAUAUCUUUUUCAUUUACUUCAUCCAUCAACAAUUCAUAAUACUUAUAAUCAACUUCGACAAAUGACAUUUAAGGAUAUAAUUAAAAAUUUAUAUUUAUUAUUAAUCAAAUGUAUGCAUUUAUUAUUGAUGAUAAUAAUUUUUGGAUUUAGAACAUUAACAUACUGUAUUUGGAAUUUAAUGGCUGAAGAUGAUCAACAAAAUGUACAACGACAAGAACAAACUUCUUCACCACCACCACUAGCACAUCGAUAUUCUUAUCGUCUACCUUCGAUCAGUAUUCCACAUGGUUCUGAGAACGGUGAAGAUAUACUAGGAAUCAGCGCAUUUGGAAUUGGUGUUAGUUUAGAUUCAGAAGAAAAACCUAGAAUGUCUUUAACUGAUGAACAAAUAAGUUUACUUUUAAUGGAUAGUACUCGAAUAAUGGAAUCUCGGCGUACAUCUUCAUCUAUAAGUGGUAUUGGUUUAUCAACAGGACAAUCUUUACUUUCAUCAAUGACAAGUACAUAUACACCGUUAUCACCAUCAACAACUUCUAAUCGAAAUCAACCUGUAAUAACACCUUCUGGACCUAAUGAAGUAAAUACUCAAAUUGAAUAUCAACAAAAACGAUCAUCACCAAAUAUCAAUGGUACAGUAGGCGAAGAUGAUGAUGUCACGCCUUCGGAACCACCAACACGAACAGAUUUUGGAAAGAAAGCUCUGGCAUUGAUGGCAAGAAAUUAUCAUACAUUGAAAUUUAUGGCUCUUUGUCUUGCGUUUAUAAUUAAUUUUCUUAUGUUAUUUUAUAAGGCAAUGCCAUUAACUACAACAGUUAGUGAAUCAGAUUCUUCUGAUGACACGGAACAAUUUGAUGAAGAUGACAAUGAAAUAAUAGUAAUGGAUCCAAGAAAAUAUUAUAUGAUGUAUUUAUUACGAGCAGCUGCAUUUUUACAUUCAUCAGUUGCAUUUUUAAUGAUGAUUAGUUAUUAUAAAUUAAAAGUUCCAUUAGUUAUAUUUAAACGAGAAAAAGAAAUAGCUCGAAAAUUAGAAUUUGAAGGUGCUUGGUUAAUUGAUCAACCAAGUGAAAAUAAUUCUUGGAUAUUAUCAUAUUUAUCACGUGAAUGGCAUAAACUUGUUAUAAGUUCAAAAUCAUUUCCUGAUUCAUAUUGGGAUAAAUUUGUUAAGAAAAAAGUUCGAAAUAAAUAUUCAGAUCAAUUUGAUUAUGAUGAAUUAAGUCGAUUUUUGGGUAUGGAAAAAAAUGAUACACCGGGAAAAUUUGAAAUUAUUAAACCAAUUGAAACUGGCUUAUGGGCAAAGAUUAAAUCUAUUGAUAUGCGUUAUCUAAUUUGGAAAUGGGGUGUUAUCUUUACUGAUAAUUCAUUUCUCUAUGUCUUCUUCUACUUUUUAUUUUCAAUUAUUGGCAAUUUCGCAUUUUUUGUCUUUGCAAUUCAUUUACUUGAUAUUGCAAUAAGUGUAAAAGCUUUAAGUACAAUAUUAAAAUCUAUAACACACAAUGGUCGACAAUUACUUUUAACAAUAAUGUUAAUGGCUGUUGUCGUUUAUCUUUAUACAGUGAUUGCAUUUAAUUUUUUUCGUAAAUUUUAUACGAAAGAAGAAGACGAAGAACGAGAAGAAAAUUGUAAAGAUAUGCUUACUUGUUUUAAAUUUCAUCUAUACUCGGGUAUUCGAGCUGGUGGUGGUAUUGGUGAUGAACUUGAAUCACCUAAUGGUGAUCCACUUGAAUUAUAUCGAAUUAUUUUUGAUAUAACAUUUUUUUUCUUUAUUAUUGUCAUUCUUCUUGCUAUUAUUCAAGGUUUAAUUAUUGAUGCUUUUGGUGAUCUUCGUGAACAACUUGAUUCAGUGAAAGAAACACUUGAAUCAAAAUGUUUCAUUUGUGGAAUUGGUCAAGAUUAUUUUGAUAAAGAACCGCAUGGUUUUGAAACUCAUACACAAGCGGAACAUAAUUUUGCCAAUUAUAUGUUCUUUUUAACACAUCUUCUUAAUAAACCUGAUACAGAACAUACAGGACAGGAAAGUUAUGUUUGGGAAAUGUAUCAAAGUCGUAAAUGGGAUUUUUUUCCUAUUGGUGAUUGUUUUCGACGUCAAUAUGAAUCGGGUAGUACUGGAACAACAACAACAACAACAACAUCAUCAACAACAACAGAAGGUUAA